AUGGGGCCUCCACAUUUGCACAGGCCAGCAGCUAGCCCAUUGAAGGUUGUUGGCAUGUCCUUUGGGUUAGCGAGGAUACUUGGAGGCGUUACUCAGGGUUGCAGAGGCUUUCGGGAGGUCUGGUGCGGGGACGAUUGGAGCCGAGGCAUGUCGAAGUGCGCACGAUGCGGCAAGCAGACAAUCGCAGAUGAUGUUCAUGGCCGUUUUGACAAGAAAGACUGGUGCCACUUGAACGCAGCAUACCUACUUUCGGCUCCUUCCUUCAAAGAUCUGCGCAGCGAAUGCUGUCUUGCAUCACCGCUGCAUGGAUAUGGUGUGAUCAAGAAAGUAUCAGGACGACGAGAAGCCACGCCCAGUUUCCAGGACGAUCCAGCAAUCCCUAGAGCUUCGCGGUUUGGCAACCUCAAAAUGCACACGUAG